UAUCAUCUUUGUGUUUGUCUCGGGAUUCCAAGUAGACGCGAUCGCGUCGUCACCUAAACAACAAGAUAUCGAUCAUCGUCUAUGGUGAGAGCGUCGAACGUCGAUCCUCCUGCUGCUUGCUCCUCCUGUAUAAAUGAAGCAGCUAGCCAUGGAACGUGCAGAUGAUCAUCAAGCCCGAAGAAGAGUCGUCGUUGAUUCUUCGGGGGGAGGAGGAGGAGGAGGAGGAGGAGGAGGAGGAGGGUUUGCAAUGAGGUCCAGACACACGUCUCUCAACUCAUCAUCCUUGAAUCAACUCCUUCCUAAUCACCAACAUUUUGGACCUAUAUCGCAUUAUAAUUUGCAGCAGCAGCAGAUGAGUUAUUGGGCCUCUCUUCCUCCUGCUUCUCUCCAGUUUCCCCCUCUUCUUCCUCUUCCUACCAAGGCAACGAGAUCGACGGAGAAGCAAGCGAAGCCCGUGAAUCAGAGGAAGGGAAGCGGCAGCUCUCAGGCGCGGGUAGAGAGGAAAGUGAAGGAGGAGGAGGAGUGCAUUUACUCGCUUUCGCCGCCGCCCAGCGACCUUCCGCUGCCCAGUUUUGUUCUGACCAUGCAGAAAAAUAAAGGAGUUGCCGUGGAAGCUGCUGCGGGUGAUGCACGAUGAAUAUUGCAAAUUAACGAUGGUUGUUUUCUUUCUUUCUUUUUUUUUUAUUUUUUUUAAUCGACGGUAGGGAGGAGAACUACGUUGAUGUGUAAAUAUGGAGAUGUUUUUUUUUUCUUUCUUAUUCGGCUUUGCAUGUCCGAAUUAAUUUGUUCAAGGGGAUGGAUAAGUGCAAAGGACGAAGAAUAAGCUACGGAAGAAAGAGAGGGGUAGGAGUUUUGGGAUAUAUCCCUUUCUUUUAUAUAAUUUUUAUAUAUGUGAGUGAAUUGUGUGUCACGGUAGAUCAUGAGGCUAAUGCCCACGUGUAUCCUUUUAAAAAUUUUAAAUAAAGUUUUAAAUUUUUUCCAA